GUCUGAGCGCAGCUACCAGCUUUCUUCUGGAUCGUGGCCCAGCGCAGAAGCACAGCCUCCGUCCCAGGAACGAAGGCCCUACUGGAGUGGCUCAGCACCUUCCACAAAGACCCGGGGCUCGUGUGCUUGUCAGGAACGUCCCGCUGCCCCUCACGGCCAGGGUCCCAGUAGCAGAUGGGGCUGGCCGGGGGGCCUGGAGAGCGAGUCUCCGGCCUCAGAAAGGCGCAGGGCCGCGGAGGGGCUCCUAGAAAGGGCCCCCAGCUAGCUGGUGUCGGCGCUCACAGCCCACUCUGACCGCGCCUCUGCCCCUCCCGCUCCUGCGAGCCCCGUGGCGCCGGCGAACAGGCGGACACGCGGAUCCGCCUGACCGGGACGGGGUUCCGGGUCGCACUGCGCAUGCCCUGAAGUCAUGGCCGGCGGAGGCGGUGGUUCGCGGCGGCGCGCUGCGCGCGGCGGUAAUUAGUAAUUGUCCUCCUGCUCCCGGGAGGCGAGGCGUGUGGGGCGCGGCUUCCCGGUGGCUGCGCGGCGGUACCCCGGCCCGAGGGGCAGCCGGGCAGAUGAGACCGCCGCUUCUCCGUGCCCUGUAGAGGUUUCUCAGAGAGAAGCACGGACCGGUUCCGAAACCUCCGGACCGCCCGCGGGGAGCUGAACCAGCGCGCGGGGACGGCGAGGCCGCGGAGAGGAAGGUGCAAUGGCGAGGAAUUUAUCUGUAAUCUUGAUUCUGACCUUCACCCUGUCAGUCACAAAUCCCCUUCAUGAACUAGAACCGGCAACUGCUUUCGCUCAGACCACUGAGAAAAUUAUUACGAAUUGGGAAUCUGGCAUUAACGUUGACUUGGCAGUUGCCACACGGCGACAUCAUCUACAGCAGCUUUUCCAUCGCUAUGGAGAAAAUAAUUCCUUGUCAGUUGAAGGGUUCAGAAAAUUGCUUCAGAAUAUAGGCAUAGAUAAGGUUAAAAAAAUCCAUAUACACCAUGACCACGACCAUCACUCUGACCAUGAUCACCACUCUCACCGUAAUCAUGCUGCUUCCAGUAAAAAUAAUCGGAAACCUCUUUGCCCAGACCAUGAGUCUGAUAGUUCGGGUAAAGAUCCCAGAAACAGCCAGGGGAAAGGAUCUCACCGAUCAGAACGUGCCAAUGGUAGAAGGAAUGUUUUAAUCAAGGAUGGUGUUACUGCUAGUGAAGUGACCUCAGCUGUGUAUAAUGCUGUCUCUGAAGGAACUCACUUUCUAGAGACAAUAGACACUCCAAAACCUGGAAAAUUUUUCCCCAAAGACGUGAGCAGUUCCACUCCACCCAGUAUCACAGAAAAAAGCCGGGUGAGCCGGCUGGCCAGUAGGAAAACAAAUGAAUCUGUGAGUGAGCCCAGAAAAGGCUUUAUGUAUUCCAGAAACGCAAAUGAAAAUACUCAGGAGUGUUUCAAUGCGUCAAAGUUGCUUACAUCUCAUGGCAUGGGCAUCCAGGUUCUGCUGAAUGCAACGGAGUUCAACUAUCUCUGCCCAGCCAUCAUCAAUCAAAUUGACGCUAGAUCAUGUCUGAUUCAUACAACGAGUGAAAAGAAAGCUGAAAUCCCUCCAAAGACCUAUUCUUUACAAAUAGCCUGGGUUGGUGGCUUUAUAGCCAUUUCCAUCAUCAGUUUUCUGUCUUUGCUCGGCGUUAUCUUAGUGCCUCUCAUGAAUCGGGUGUUUUUCAAAUUUCUCCUAAGUUUCCUUGUGGCACUGGCCGUUGGGACAUUAAGUGGCGAUGCUUUUUUACACCUCCUUCCACAUUCUCAUGCAAGUCACCACCAUAGUCACAGCCAUGAAGAAUCCACAAUGGAAAUGAAGAGAGGGCCACUUUUCAGUCAUCUGUCUUCUCAAAACAUAGAAGAAAGUACCUAUUUUGAUUCCACAUGGAAGGGUCUGACAGCUCUGGGUGGCUUGUAUUUCAUGUUUCUUGUUGAACAUGUACUCACAUUAAUCAAGCAAUUUAAAGAUAAGAAGAAAAAGAAUCAGAAAAAACCUGAAACUGAUGAUGAUGUGGAGAUUAAGAAGCAGCUGUCCAAGUACGAAUCUCAACUUUCAACAAAUGAGGAGAAAGUAGACGCAGAUGAUCGACCUGAAGCCUAUUUACGAACAGACUCCCAGGAGCCCUCCCACUUUGAUUCUCAACAGCCAGCAAUCUUGGAAGAAGAAGAGGUCAUGAUAGCUCAUGCUCAUCCACAAGAAGUCUAUAAUGAAUAUGUCCCCCGAGGGUGCAAGAAUAAAUGCCAUUCGCAUUUUCAUGAUACGCUUGGCCAGUCAGACGAUCUCAUUCACCACCAUCAUGACUACCAUCAUAUUCUGCAUCACCACCACCACCAAAACCACCACCCCCACAGUCACAGUCAGCGCUACUCUCGGGAGGAGCUGAAGGAUGCGGGCAUCGCCACGUUGGCCUGGAUGGUGAUCAUGGGCGACGGCCUGCACAAUUUCAGCGAUGGCCUUGCAAUUGGCGCUGCUUUCACUGAAGGUUUGUCGAGUGGUUUAAGUACUUCUGUUGCUGUGUUUUGUCACGAAUUGCCUCAUGAAUUAGGUGACUUUGCUGUUUUACUAAAGGCUGGCAUGACUGUUAAGCAGGCUGUUCUUUAUAAUGCUUUGUCAGCCAUGCUGGCUUAUCUUGGAAUGGCAACGGGAAUCUUCAUUGGUCAUUAUGCUGAAAAUGUUUCUAUGUGGAUAUUUGCACUUACUGCUGGCUUAUUCAUGUAUGUUGCUCUGGUUGAUAUGGUACCUGAGAUGCUGCACAAUGAUGCUAGUGACCAUGGAUGUAGCCGCUGGGGAUAUUUCUUUUUACAGAAUGCUGGGAUACUUUUGGGUUUUGGAAUUAUGUUGCUUAUUUCCAUAUUUGAACAUAAAAUUGUGUUUCGUAUAAAUUUCUAAUUAGGGCGUAAAUGCUAGAAUAGCUUAAAAAAGUAUUGCUGUCUGUAGUGACGAAUAGGUCAUAGGGAGAUGAGAGUUCAUAUGCUGUGAUAUGCAGCCUUUAUGGUUAGUGGAUUUUGUGAUUUUUUUUUUUAUUGAAUAUUUCCAUUUGUUAUGCUUAUAAGGUCAGUUAUGGUGGUAACACAAAGGUACAUUUUAAUAUUUAAGUUAUUCUAUUUUGGGAAUAUGAGCUAUAGGUGCAGUUUACCAAUUUUACCAGUUUAUUGUAUAAACAAGAGAUUUGGCAUGACAUAUUCUGUAUAUUUCAGGAAAAAUGUCUUUAAUGCUUUUUCUAGAACUAAUUUAACACAGUAAGCCCCAUGCUGGAUGCCAGGCCUCUGAAGAACUGUUGGCAUUUAGGAGUAGGGAUACACACAAAGCCUGAGAUACCAAUAAAGCUCAUACUGAAGUUUAGCUAAGAAAUAAAGAGAAAAAAAGAAGAAUCUGUAAGAAUUAAGGCACAGAUUUCUUACCAAAAAAAAGUCACAAAACUGGUUACAAAAUAGAAGAAAAAAUUUAAAUUAAAAAGGCAGUAUUAGUAUAGAGUACAUUCAUAAAACAUUUUUGUCAGAGUAAAACCACAGUGAGCACUUUUUACUAAUUUAGUUGUACAUUUAACUUUGUAUAAUAGAGAAGUCUAAGUAUAUUUAAUGAAUUCAAGCAAUAUAUAGCUUAACCAAGAAAUUGGAAUGUUAAAAUAUUUGUGUGGAGUUUUACCAGAUGAGUAUGAGUAAGUCUAUGUAUGGCCGGAAAACUUGGGUGUUGAAUGUUCUGGUUAUCUGGUUUACCAAAUGUCGGCAUAUUAGAGCUUUGAGAUAGGCAAGGACAUGAAAACCAUACUGACUAAAAUUUGACUCCUUGGAUUCAGAAAAUACUUUGGUAUCUUUCAGUGCUUCAGUGUAGUCGUUAUGAGCAAUUAUCAUUUUUAUAUGUAGUACUUUAGACAUACUAGGGCUGUCUGUGGCAUUCUCUAGAUGUUGCUUUUCUACAAAAUAAAUUCCCCAUGUCAGCUUGAUAUCAUAUCCGAUUUUCUUUUUUU